AUGUCUUGCAUUUCUUUCUUUCUUUCUUUCGUUCUUUCGUUCUUCCAUUCUUUCUUUCUACUGAAUUCAUUGAUCUUUCCAUUUUUUCUUUCUACUGAAUUCAUUGAUCUUUCCAUUUUUUCUUUCUUUCUUUUUGACAUGUCUUUCUUUCUUUUUAUUUCUUUCUUUAUUUCAAAAUCGUUAUCUUCUGUUUAUUUUACUUUCCUAUUUUGCUGCCAACAUUUACUUACAUAUUUUUUCUGUGUCCUCUUAUUAAUUUAUUUGAUCUAUACAUUCUUCUUUGUUCUUUCUUGUCAUCCUUCAAAUAGUGAAUAUUUCUUCAAACUACGUCCGCUUUUUUGCCAUAGCGACAACACAGUAGCAGAAUUUCUUCGUUUGAAAAGUUUCCUUCUUUUUCGUUUAUUUCUUAACAAGUUAUCUAUAUUUAUUUUCUUUCUUACCUGUCUUUUACUUUUUCUUCGUUAUUCCUCAUUAAUCUUUACAAUUUUCUUUCGUUCUUUCUUUUUUCUUUUUUUUCUUUAUUUCUUUCUUUCUUUCUUUCUUUCUUUCUUUCUUUUUCUUAUUUUGCUCUCAGCAUUUUUUUUAAAUUCUUCUUUUUCUUCUUCUUUUUCUAUUACUACUACUACUACUACUACUACUACUACUACACUUUUUCUUUUUCUUUUUCUUCUUCUUUCAUUCUCACUGUGUUUCUUUGUUGCUUUCUCGCCCUCAUCCCAUCAAAUCACCUGCCAUGCUUUUAUCCGUUUGAUAUUUAUUACCUGGAGAUCUUUUUCAUCUUUUUUUACUUACUUUGAACACUUUCCUGUCUGGCCCUGUUAUAUUUCAAAGUUAUUUUCUCCACCUAUUCGACCCCCUAUUAUUUUCUCUUUUCCCAGAAUUAUCAACUUCUUCGACCCAAAUCGCCAUGUAUUUUUUAAAAAACUCCCUUUUCCCUCUUUUCUAUCCUUUUCAUUAAACCUACCAUUCAUUUGA